UCUUUUGAAAAUUAGGCUUUACAUUUUGUUUUAGAGUUUUUUUUUUAAGAGUUGAAUUUGUUUGAUUUCGUUUUUAUUUUAUUUUAUUUUUGACGGAAUUUCGUUUUUAUUUUGUAUUGCAUACUUUCACUUGUGAGAUAUUUAUACUCUAUAUUUGUAUUUUAAUAAAUGGUGUGUGAAACAAUUAAAAAUUUUGAGUUUGGAUGAGAAAUUUUUAUGUAGAGACUGUUUAGUUAUUUGAGAUUAAUUUUGUCAUAUCAACGUGGGUUUACCUUGCCUUUUAAACCAUGUUUAUCGGUCUCAUUUAAGAGACAUGGUCACUGCCAUGUCAUUAAAAAUGGGGAAAAGGAAAAUAAGAAUUAAAAGUGCGAAUUGGAGGUGGUCGACCUCGGCAAAAAACCGACCUCCCUUGGUCUCUCUCUCCCCUUAUCUCAUCCAUUGAGGUGGUGACACUUGUCAACAUAUAAUUGGUUCAGUAGAUUUUAUUUAGAUAAUUGAUAAAAACUAUUAUAUCUUUUAUAUAAAAUAUUAAAAAUAAUAAUAAUUAUACCAAAAUUUAUAUUUUUUUUCGUUCUCUUUAAAUAGAGACCACUCUUGCUAUAUUUCAACACACCUUCAAGUUCUUCUAUUUCCAUUCUCUACAUAUAACAUCUAGUGUUUCUUUCUCUAUUUUUCAAUGGAUCGAGGCAAUAAUUCUUUCUUCAACUCUCAAAAUUUCAACCCCUCCCAAGACUAUUAUCCAAAUCUUGCUGAUAUUACAAGCUCCAAUGAAUUCCCAGAGUUUGAUUAUGCUAUGAAUUCAGAAUUCUCGCAGAAUCCUACUGAUUCUCCUAUUUCUGAAUAUCACCAAACCUCUGAAAAUUUUUCUGAAAAUUUUUCUGCAAACCCUUCCAACAAUGCGCAAAGUUUGACUGAUAUAGAAGAUAUAUCACUAAUGUCUGCUUGGUGCUUUGUUAGUAACAAUCCAAUUGUUGGCACUAACCGAAAUAGUAAGUCGUUUUGGAAAACUGUUGCAGAUAUGUAUGAGCAAAGUCGAGCAGAUAAUCCAGAAAUUGGAGGUCGAAGGAGCGUGGAAUCAUUGAGGAACCGUUACAAACGCCUCAACAAAAAUGUAACUCUGUGGGUUGAUGCAUACAAGAAAGCAUAUGAGCGACGAGCAAGCGGUCAGUCCAAAGAGGAUAUCGAGAAAGCAGCUCAAGCAAUUUACGGUAAACCAAAGUUUACUCACCAUGAGGUGUUUGAAAAAGUUAAUCUUCAAAAAAUGGCCUCCAGUUCUAAUAUUGGUGCUUCAAAUUCUAGCGAUGAUGAAGCAUGUGAACAAAGCGUUGCCGAACAUAAUCGCCAACUUGAUCGCAUCAUUGAGAAUGUGGUAAUCCAGGCCGCAAGUCUAUCUGUACAACCUACCAAUCAUGUCGUUAGAGCAAGGAGACGGUAUAUUGAAAGAAGACAUGAGAUAGGUCAUGAAGGUGUGUUCGAGCAGUACUUUUCAGAACAUCCAAUCUAUCCCCCAGAAUAUUUUCGAACAAGGUUUCGCAUGCGAAAGCCUUUGUUCGAACGUAUAAUGAACAAGCUCGUCGCCACCGAUAGAUAUUUUCAACAACACCCUGAUGCAGCUGGCCGUCUUGGUAUGUCUCCAAUUCAAAAAUGUACUGCAGCCAUGAGGGUGUUGGCAUAUGGCACUUCAGCCGAUUUGCAUGACGAAUACUUACGAAUGAGCGCCCAAGUCAUUCGUAAAUCAGUCAUCAAAUUUGUUGAAGGUGUCAUUUCCAAUUUCGGAGCUGAGUACCUCAGAAAGCCAACUGAAGAAGAUAUGGCAGCUCUUCUUCAUAUUGGAGAACGACGAGGGUUCCCAGGCAUGAUGGGCAGUAUUGACUGUAUGCAUUGGGAAUGGAAAAAUUGCCCUACUGCAUGGGCAGGGCAAUAUGCAGGACGAAGCGGUACGCCAACAAUUAUUCUGGAAGCAGUUGCAUCACAAGACCUAUGGAUCUGGCAUGCAUUUUUUGGAACCCCAGGUUCAAGAAAUGAUAUUAAUGUACUUGAUCAAUCGCCUGUUUUUGAUGAUAUCUUGGAAGGUCGAGCACCUAAGGUCAAUUAUAUCGUUAAUGGUCGCGAAAGAAAUAUGGGAUAUUAUCUCACUGAUGGUAUAUAUCCUCAAUGGGCGGCAUUUAUCAAAUCUAUUCCUGCUCCACAACUUCGAAAUCAUCAGUUGUUUGCUCAACAUCAAGAGGCUGCACGAAAAGAUGUUGAGCGAGCAUUUGGAGUUUUACAAGCGCGUUUUGCUUUUAUUAAGCAGCCAUGUCUUAUUUGGGAUCGUGAUAUUAUGGGAAAAAUAAUGAUUGCUUGCAUCAUCAUGCAUAAUAUGAUAGUGGAGGAUGAAAGAAUCAAUUACCUUAACUAUCAUGAUCCUACAGAAUUCAUCGAAGAUCGACUAAGACAGAAUGCUCGUCGAAGUGAAGAUGGAGAGGAAACUAAUGAUUUCGUAUACUCUACGAAUAUGAUUGCAAGCCUAGCGAGCUAUAUGAGAACUAGGUCCCAACUUCGCAAUAGAGAAGAUCACAGCUCUCUAUUACAUGACUUGAUUGAGCAUAUAUGGCAAAAGUUUGGAGAUGAUAAUUAAAUGCGUAGUAUGUAUUGUUUUUUUUUUCUAUUUCGAGUUUGGAUUGUUGUAAUUUAUAUUUUUAGUUUGUCGUAAUUUUAAUUUUUAUUAGUUUGUUAUUUUUUGUAUUUUAGUUUUUUAUAAUAUUUUAAUUUAUAUUUAAUAUUAUUAAAAUUAUUACGAAUAAAAAUAAUUAUAAAAUUAUGUUGUGGUUG